GCUGAGAACCGCCCAGCGAAGGGCUUGUCCGGCUGGGACCCAGACGACCAAGGCCGCAAUUUGUCACCAGCACCGGGGUGCCAGGAGAGCCUCUCCGGGGUCAAGCCGUGUCAGCACUGGUAGGCGGGCCAAGUUCAGUUCUUUCAGUAUAUAAGAUGCCCUUUCACUACAUGCUGUGGCUGGUACGCAGGAAGCUCUCUCUGUUCUCUAGAAGACUAAACAGGCCCUGGUACAGAUCUAUUUCCAACAGUUUUGCACUUCAUUCAGAGAAGAGUGUGUCAGAUUUCAAUAGCUUUGCUGCUCGGACCAACACUUGUGGAGAGCUGCGUUCUGCUCAUGUGGGCCAAGAUGUCACCUUGUGUGGAUGGGUUCAGUACCAAAGGCAAAACCUGUUUCUGGUUCUGAGGGACUUCCAGGGGCUGACCCAGCUCAUCAUUCCACAGGAUGAGGCACAUUCCCAUGUAAAGAGCAUCUUAUGCAAUGUCCCUAUGGAGUCUGUUUUACGAGUGACCGGAACAGUCUGCUCCCGGCCUCCAGAGCAAAAGAACCCAAGAAUACCAACAGGUGACAUUGAAGUGAAGGUGAAGACUGCCGAAGUCCUGAACUCCUGCAAGAAGCUACCAUUUGAAAUUAAAGAGUUCACCAAGAAAUCUGAGGCUUUGCGCAUGCAGUAUCGUUACUUGGACUUACGCAGUUCCCAGAUGCAAUACAAUCUGCGACUCAGAUCCCAGAUGGUGAUGAGAAUGCGGGAAUACCUCUGUAACCUCCAUGGGUUUGUGGAUGUCGAGACUCCAACACUAUUUAAGAGAACCCCGGGGGGUGCAAAGGAGUUCCUGGUACCCUCCAGGGAGCCUGGGAAAUUCUACUCUCUGCCUCAAAGUCCUCAGCAGUUUAAACAGCUGCUCAUGAUUGGAGGCCUGGACAGGUACUUUCAGGUCGCCCGCUGCUAUCGAGAUGAAGGUUCAAAGCCAGACAGGCAACCCGAAUUUACUCAGAUCGAUAUUGAGAUGUCAUUUGUAGACCAGGCUGGGAUCCAGAGGCUGAUUGAGGGCCUGCUCCAGUAUUCUUGGCCUGAAGAGAAAAGCCCCAUAACCAUCCCUUUUCCUUCUAUGAGCUAUGCUGAGGCACUGGCUGCUUAUGGGACUGAUAAGCCAGACACUCGCUUUGGUAUGAAGAUAGUUGAUGUCAGUGAUCUGUUCAGGAGCGUGGACAUUGGAUUAAUUCAGAAUGUUCUCAGGAAUCCCCAAGGCGCCGUCAAAGCCAUUUGUGUUCCUCAGGGGAUGAGAUGUCUUCAAAAUAAAGAUCUUGAGUCUUUAAAGGAAACUUCAAAAUCCAGGUUUAAUCAGGAAGUUUUGCACUUGGUCCUGGGACCUGAUGGGAGCCUGAAGUCUCCAAUGAGUAAAUUUCUCAACAGGGAGCAGCAGUCAGAACUCAUCAGAGCCCUGAACAUUCAGGUGGAUGAUGUAGUGGUGCUGGCAGCUGGAGAACACAAGAAAGCGUGCUCUGCAUUAGGAAACCUGCGCCUGGAGAGUGCUACCCUUCUGGAGGCAACAGGACUAGUGCUCCGGGAUCCCACUGCUUUCCACUUCCUGUGGGUGGUGGAUUUCCCCCUAUUCCUUCCCAAAGAAGAGAAGCCUGAAGAACUGGAAUCUGCUCACCACCCCUUCACAGCUCCCCACCCAUCUGACACCAGCCUCCUCUACUCUGAGCCCACAAAGGUCCGUAGCCAGCACUAUGACCUGGUGCUGAAUGGCAGUGAGAUUGGAGGUGGCUCUAUCCGAAUUCACAAUGCACAGCAGCAGCGUUUUGUUCUGGAGAAAGUGCUGAAGGAGGACCCUGAGCUGCUUUCUCACCUGCUUGAGGCUUUGGCAUGUGGAGCACCCCCGCAUGGAGGAAUUGCUUUAGGACUUGACAGGUUGAUCUGUCUCAUUGUUGGAGCUCCAAGUAUCCGAGAUGUCAUAGCUUUCCCCAAAUCCUUCAAGGGAUAUGAUCUUAUGGGAAGUGCUCCAGACCAGAUCACUCCAGAAGAACUAGAGCCAUACCAUAUCCGGGUUGCGUGGCCUGUGGCAGAAGUAGCAGUAAAGAAAAACUGAUUCAGUGCCAGUGAUUUGAGGCUUUUUGAACUACUGGGAUUGUUUCCACUCUGUCUUCCAACUGCCAAAACUUAGUGCAGAAAACAUCGGCUGGUCUGAGGUAUAUACCAGUUGUUUUUGCAUUGAUGUUCCAAAAGUGAAAGAAAUGAUAUGAGGGCACUACUUGUAAUAGUGACUGCUCUUUUGGGGAGAGCAGUGGAGAGAGUAAAAAUGGAUAAAAGACCAAACAGUAUAUUUUCUCUCUGACAGCACAGAGGGGAAGGUUGGGAGCCCUUGCCUACAGUGUAGUGUUGGGCUUAGCCUCAGAGGGGGGCGUUUCUCUGAAAUGUCCCUCAUGGGAGUACCCACCCAGAAAAGAUCACGUGUCUGGCUCCUUUUAAAGUGACCUGAAUUGCUAAGAAUCAGUCUCAUCAAAUCAUGGCCAACUGUGCACUACCAGCCUUCCUGUUUCAGAAGGGAACAGAACUGUCCUGGGCUGAGAGCCACAUAUUGUUUACAGAGGGUCUUCAGCAGAGCCUCAAACUAGCCUUUUCCCUUAUCUGCAGACCAAGGAUCAAACCAAUCAACCACACAAAGUACUGCCAGGCAUUCAACAGUGCCUACUGGUUUAUCAAGGAGCAGUAUAAGUAUGCAAACAGCUUGUCAAUUAUUCUUUUAUCUUAAAGUUAAUGUAAAUGGAUAUGACUAUGUGCAGCCCUUGUGUCUCAGAGGAUUAAUCACCCUUGUAAUGGAAAGUGAGCCUGUCUUGGGGCCUAUGAUCCUGGUGUUUGAGAGAUUCCUACUUUUGACUUCAUUUGUAAAUAAAGACUGUCCAACAA